GAGGCUGAACCAAGCGCAGGUAACUUAGAAAAAAAGAGAAAGAGAAAAAACUCGGAGGCUCGUUAUGGUGCAGGCGUUAAAGAAACCCGGAUUUUCCCACCCUCGUUUACCAGUUUGACCAGUAACUCGGGAAAGAGCACACACGAGUUCUGGACCAGUUUUUACCCUUGUGGUCCCUGAUGGCUUCGCACAGUGAUACUCUGGUGGUGUUCUUUGGGGCAACAGCUGGUGCAAAUGGGGGUAAACUGGGUUCGGAUGAGAGGGAAAUAAUUCUCUUGGUGUGGCAAAUUGUGGAUCUACAUGAGAAAAAGGUGGGGAAACUUAAUAGGUGUCUUGUAAAGCCAGACAGUUUGGAAUUGACAGACCAAUGUAAGGAGGAGACAGGACUGACUUGGGAGGAACUCUGCAAGGCCGAACCUCUGGACAGCGCUCUGCAACAGUUUCAGCAGUCCAUCUCCAGUGAACUCAAGGCCCUGGGGAGGAGCUCCUACACCCUCUGUGUGGACGGGCCUCUGCUCAUUAGACAGGCAUUUCACCCUGAAGCCUCCAAAAAGAACCUGGUCCUUCCAGAUUGUUUUUACUCCUUCGUGGAUCUGAAGAAAGAGUUUCACAAAUGCUGCCCAAACGCAGGCCCAGCGAAGGACCUGACGCUGUCCUCCAUGUUGGAUUACAUGGGCAUCCCUACACUGGAAGAGCAGGUAGUGGGGGUGCAGGAGGUGAGGAGUAUGGUGCUGCUGACCCUGAAUCUCCUGUCUGAACCCUACAAUCACGAAUUCACCUGCUAUGAAAUCGUCAAGUACAAAUUUGAGUCGGGAGCAUGCAGUAAGACCGAGGCGGUGGACAGCGAGACGGUCAUCCGAGCCAGAGGACUUCCAUGGCAGUCUUCUGACCAGGACAUCGCCCGAUUCUUCAAGGGCCUCAACAUUGCCAAGGGUGGUGUGGCCCUGUGCCUGAAUGCUCAGGGGAGGAGGAAUGGAGAGGCCUUGGUCCGCUUUGUUAACCCUGAACACAGAGACCUGGCGCUGGAGCGCCACAAGCACCACAUGGGAAGCCGCUACAUCGAAGUCUACAAAGCAACAGGAGAAGAAUUCUUGAAGAUAGCAGGAGGGACUUCUAACGAAGUGGCGCAGUUCCUGUCCAAGGAGAACCAGGUGAUCAUCCGCAUGCGCGGGCUGCCCUUCACCGCCACCCCGGAGAACGUGCUGGGCUUCCUGGGGCCCGAGAGCCCCGUGACGGACGGCAGCGAGGGGCUGCUCUUCGUCAAGUACCCCGACGGGCGCCCCACGGGCGACGCCUUCGUGCUCUUCGCCUGCGAGGAGUACGCCCAGAACGCCCUGAAGAAGCACAAGCACAUCCUGGGCAAGAGAUACAUCGAGCUGUUCCGCAGCACUGCCGCAGAGGUCCAGCAGGUUCUGAACCGCUACAUGUCCACCCCUCUGAUCUCCACGCUGCCCCCGCCCCCCAUAGUGCCCAUGUCUGUGCUGGCCACGCCCCCCUUCCUCACCGCCAGCAACAGUCGAGACUGUGUGCGGCUGAGAGGGCUGCCGUACACCGCCGCCAUAGAGGACAUCCUGGAGUUCAUGGGCGAGCACGCCGUCGACAUCAAGCCCCACGGUGUCCACAUGGUGCUCAACCAGCAGGGCCGGCCCUCCGGAGACGCCUUCAUCCAGAUGAAGUCGUCGGACCGAGCGUUCAUGCUGGCCCAGAAGUGCCACAAGAAGAUGAUGAAGGACCGCUACGUGGAGGUGUUCCAGUGUUCCGCGGAGGAGAUGAGCUUCGUGCUGAUGGGGGGCACCCUCAGCCGCAGCGGCCUGUCACCCCCACCCUGCAAACUGCCCUGCCUGUCUCCCCCAGCCUACGCUGCCUACCCAGCACCCACCGCCUUGCUGCCCACCGAGGCGGCCCUGUAUCAGCCCCCCCUGCUGGCCACACCGCGCACAUCCCAGCCCCCGACCCACAGCGCUGCCCCCGCCCUGGCCUUCUACCCGCCCCAGUCCCACGCCCAGCUCUACAUGAACAUGAACAUGAACUACACGGCCUAUUACCCCAGCCCCCCCGUCUCCCCCUCCACGGUGAGCUACUUCACGGCGCCCCCUGGUGCCAUGACUGCUGCUGUGGCCGCGCCGUCGGCCCCUCCCAUGCUGCCUCAGCCGGGGGCCCUGGUCAGGAUGCAGGGCCUGCCCUAUAACACCGGCGUCAAGGACAUCCUCAGCUUCUUCCAGGGCUACCAGCUCCAGCCGGACGCCGUCCUCCUGCUGUACAACUUCAGCGGCCAGCGCAGCGGGGAAGCCCUGGUGACCUUCCCCAGCGAGGAGGCGGCCAGGCACGCCGUGGCCCAACGCUCCAACCAACCCCUCUCCGGACACCCCAUCCACCUGGCCUGCUGCAGCUGACUGCGCCCGGGGCGGGACGAACGGGCGGGACGGGGCGGGGCACAGCGCCGUCGCCUCCCCCCCCCCCCCCCGACACACCGCCGCCUCUCCCCUUUCCGUGCGCAGGCCGAGGGAGGGAGAGGGACGGGACUGCUCAAAGCACCCGUACCGCUGCGUGCUCGUCACCACGUUCCUCUCGGCCAAUCAAACCUCCACACGGACUGUAAACCACUCCUCCCCAUGCGCUAGGCAUUCUCCAUGGAAUUACCAUCGCACUGUUCAGUUUCCUGAAUGCAGUAGUUGAUUUCGAGACCUUCCUGUCAUUCAUGCCCCCCAGUUGGUUCCCUCACAGCAAGCAUUUAGAUGAUUCAUUUAUGACGCAUGAACAACGACUACAUUCAAUUAGCAGUCGGGAGCUGAGCGGAAACAAAAGCACUGUUGAUCGUAGACAUGACAGAUUUAAUCCAGUUUAUGCCACAAUGUGCAGUAAUUAAUGUUAGUCACACGAAGCUGUCCAGUUGUCUGAUGAUGGGAAAUUAUCUUAUAGGAAUUACAGGGUAUGAUCCAGUCAUACAGAAUGUGCAUUAACUCUACUGUAAGACCUUAAAACUUGAGAUCGGAAGUUUGUGUUCUCCUACUGAAUCAAAAUCUACAGCAUGCCCCAUGUGUAACUUAAAUCUGUCAAAAUGUAAUUUGUUUAAAAUUAAAUUUUUCUUUCUUUAAAUAAGAACUGGUAGUUUAGGUUUUUAAAGAGUUUACUUUAUGGUCUUAUGCAUGCACAUUGUUUACACAGAAUUUAUUGUAAAAAGGCUUAUUUUUUGUGGUAUUUCCAGAUAAUGACGCUUUUCGAGAGCAUUCUCUAGAUUGUCCCUUGUUUGUGUGCAGAACGUGAGAGCUGCAUGAACUUCUUCUCACGUUCUCAGUUCCAGGAGUGAGUAGACGGCAGAGAGGAGGACAUUUUUUUUGAUUUCUUAUCACUGUGCCUUAAUUACAGAGUGCAAUUUCAGCAGAACAAAGCGUGAGUAGACCUCCCCUGGAGGCUGAAAGGUUGUUGUUUUUUUCUUCAUUUUUCUUUUUUCUUUUAAACAAGUUUGAAACUUGUAUAAAUUUAGAAAUGCCUGUAUAUGUUUGUAUGUAAACAAUAAAUGAAAUUAAAUGUG